AAUAAAUGCAACAUGUCAUAACACCCCCGGUUCAAAUUACUGCAUCUGUGCUGAGGGCUUCACACUGAAGUCAGGAGAAACUAAUUUCACUGAUUUAAAUGAACUCUGCAUGAGUGUGUGUGACAUUGAUACAUCUAUCUGUGGAGGAGGAACCUGCACAAACAGCAAAGACGGCCAAGAGUGUGUGUGUAAGUCAGGAUUCACCAACUAUGGACACAAACAAAUGAAAUGCACAGAGCUUAAGUGUAACACGUUUAUAAGCAAGAGCAAAGGAUCCCAGGCAUCUCCAGAGCUAACAGAACUUGUCUCUCUGAUGGCCAACAGCUGUUUGGCACUGAGUGGGAAUGAGUCUGUCACGAAGGAGCAUUUUACACAAGUGGACGGAGAAAGACUUCUGGAGGCUUUUAUGAGAGCUUUAGAUAAUCUACUUCGCGGUGGCUUCCAAGGUAAUAACCAUGAAGUGUCAGUGCUGUUUAAUAUUGUGGAAAACAUGCUAAAACUGAUAGGACCUCUGCUGUCAGAAAGCCAGACUAAGAGAUCCGCCACUGAAACUGAGGUGGAGCUGUUGGUAAAAAGAGGCAGUUCUCGACCCGAGGGUGAUUUCGAUAUAUCCACCAACAGUACACGGUUUGCAUCCCACUGGGACACAGCAACGGGAAAUACAUACCUCGGCUUUACCACUGCAGCUCUCCUCAGCUACAAAGAUCUGGGAAAUUCACUCAAACACUACUUUAACCAUUUAGAGACACAGAAAAAGCAGACGUUCAAGAUCAAUUCAAAAGUAUUAACCGCCACUGUUAGUAACACAGAGACUGCCAGUCUGGAGAAAUCAGUAACUCUCACGUUUUCUCACUUGGAGAGAUCAGAUGAGAAUCAUACCUGUGUGUUUUGGGAUCCUGAGCUGGAAGGGGGCGCGUGGUCAAAGGAAGGCUGCACUACAGUGAGCUCCAGUGAUGUCCAGACUGUCUGCUCCUGUAAUCAUCUCAGCAGCUUCGCUGUGCUCAUGGCUCUCUAUGAUAUUGGGGAUGUAUACGAGCUGACCCUGAUCACAUGGGUGGGACUGCCGCUGUCUCUGGUCUGCCUCCUCAUCUGCAUUGCAACAUUUUACUUGGUGCGAUCUAUCCAGAGCACUCGCAACACCAUCCACCUGCACCUCUGCGUCAGCCUCUUCAUCGCCUACUUCGUGUUCCUCGUGGGCAUCGCCCGCACCGAGAAUAAGGUGGGCUGUGCUGUUGUUGCGGGUGUUCUGCACUAUUUCUUCCUGGCUUCGUUCUGCUGGAUGUGUCUGGAAGGAGUGCAGCUCUUCCGUAUGGUGGUGCUGGUCUUCAACACAACGCUGAGACCCAUCUAUAUGAUUGCCGCUGGUUAUGGAGUUCCUGCUGGUAUCGUUGCAAUUUCAGCCGCAGCGCAUUCAAGUGGAUAUGGCACUGAUGGCUACUGUUGGCUCAACAUUGAAGAUGGCUUCAUCUGGAGUUUUUACGGGCCAGUUUGUGCCAUAAUUAUUGUUAAUGUAUUCUUCUUCCUCAUAACAAUAUGGAAGCUGGCGGAAAAAUUUUCCUCCCUCAACCCAGACUUAAACAAUCUACGCAAAAUCAAGGCAUUUACGGUCACUGCGAUUGCUCAGCUGUGUGUCCUCGGCAUCAUGUGGGUGUUUGGCUGUUUUCAGUUUAAUAAGGACACCCUGGCAAUGUCAUACAUCUUCACUAUACUAAGCAGCCUCCAGGGGGUGCUGAUGUUCAUCAUGCAUUGCUGGCUCUCAAAACAAGUGAGAGAAGAGUAUGCCAAAUUCCUGUCAUGUAUCUGUGCACCACAGAAGAGGAAAUAUUCAGAGUUCGGCUCAAACCAAACAAGCAAAUCCCAGACCUCCAAGAGUGUUCAGCACACUGGCGAAUCCCACAUUUAAGAGGCCAUGUCAACAGAUCAUCGACUUUAUUAUUCAUUUGCAAGUUGAAGUGCCAAAUUAUCUGCUUUCUAUGGAAAUGAUAAUGUAUUUGGGUGAUUCUUCAUUUAGGGAAACUUUUCUUUCCCUUAGGGUCAUUU